AGCCCACCAGCUGAAGGACUCUUAUCAGGGGAGCAGCUGCUGUUUCAAGCAUGAUGAAAUGGUUGGUUCUGGUGCUCCUGGCAUGCUCCUCUGCGAUAGCACAGGUACAUAAGGAUCCUGUCCUGGACAACCACUGGGACCUCUGGAAGAAAACCUACGGCAAACAGUACAAGGACAAGAAUGAAGAAAUAGCACGACGUUUCAUCUGGGAGAAGAAUCUAAAGUUUGUCAUGCUUCACAAUCUAGAGCAUUCCAUGGGAAUGCAUUCAUAUGAUGUAGGCAUGAACCACCUGGGAGACAUGACCAGCGAAGAAGUGGUGUCUCUGAUGAGUUCCCUUACAAUUCCCAGCCAGUGGCAGAGAAAUGUCACUUACAAAUUAAAUCCUAAUCAGAAAUUGCCUGAUUCUGUGGAUUGGAGAGAGAAGGGGUGUGUUACUGAAGUAAAAUACCAGGGUUCCUGUGGUUCUUGCUGGGCUUUCAGUGCUGUGGGGGCCCUGGAAGCACAGCUGAAGCUUAAAACAGGAAAGCUGCUCUCUCUUAGUGCACAGAACCUGGUGGAUUGUUCAAGUGAAAAAUACGGGAAUAAAGGCUGCAAUGGUGGCUUCAUGACAGAGGCGUUCCAGUACAUCAUUGACAACAAUGGCAUUGAUUCAGAUGCUUCCUAUCCCUACAAAGCCAUAGAUGGAAAAUGCCAGUAUGAUCCAAAAAAUCGAGCUGCCACAUGUUCAAAGUACACUGAGCUUCCCUAUGGCAGUGAGGAUGCCAUGAAAGAAGCUGUGGCCAACAAAGGACCUGUAUCUGUUGGUAUAGAUGCAAGUCGUCCUUCUUUCUUCCUCUACAAAAGUGGUGUCUACUAUGACUCAUCAUGUUCUCAGAAAGUGAAUCAUGGUGUUCUGGUAGUUGGCUAUGGUAAUCUUAAUGGAAAAGACUACUGGCUUGUAAAAAACAGCUGGGGCCUCCACUUUGGUGACCAAGGAUACAUUCGAAUGGCAAGAAAUAGUGGAAAUCACUGUGGCAUUGCAAGUUACCCUUCUUACCCAGAAAUCUAGAGGGUCUCUUCAUAAAUUUUAUCAAAGUCAAGAAGCAUUUUCUUCUAACUUAUUUGCCUGUUGUCACCAGUAGAAAUAUAUGUGUCAUUAUUAGUGUUUUGUACUAUACUAAUUAGAAAAGAUAGUUUGA